UAUUACUGCCGCUGCCUUUGCUGCCGCUGCAGACGCCCACGAUGGCGGUGAAAUGGCGGCGGCGCUGCCCGCCUCCUGGCGGGAGGGCAUCAUCACCCUCAUCUACAAGGGCAAAAGCCUGGACCGCGCCGAGCUGGCGUCGUACCGGCCCAUCACGCUGCUCAACUGCGACUUCAAGAUGGUGUCCAAGGCCGUCAGCGCCCGCCUGCAGCCCGCCCUGGAUGCAGUUGUGGAUGAGCUGCAGACCGCGUUCAUCACCGGCCGCUGGAUUGGAGACAACGCGCUGUACCUCCAAGGCCUGAUCGAAUGGAUGCGCCUGGACGUGGGCGCGGACGGCACGCCACGGCAGGGUGAUUUCGCGGCGGAGGGUUGUGAUGGCGGUUGUGGUGUGGACGGCGUGCUGAACUAGUUUACGGCAUGUGUUGUGUGCGGACUGUGUGGGGCAUCCGAGUGUUUUGAGGAGGGCAUGAAGGUGGGGUGUGACCGUGCCAGUAUGGCCAAGGCUAAUUAUAGUGUCUGGGCUGUACAUCACGUCCCAGCCUGCGUCGCGGAGAGCGGCCACGAGGUCUUCGUGUUGUUGCAGUUUCUCUGCGCGUUUGUCUGGGUGGUUUAGGUCCGAGCAGUAUCCGACUUCUAUGACGUAGACCUUAUGGGCGCUCCUUUGUCGGCGUGCGCGGGGUGCACGGGCUGGCAGUCCGGACAUGUGCAUCCGGAGUGUGGGAAUGACCAGCAGGUCUGGACGGAGCUUCUUACGCACGCUCUCUGGCGUGCUGGGGAGCAUCCACGCAGGGAUGCGGGUUCCCCCGCUGUAAGUGGGGGCAUCCUUACCGGCGUCCAUGUACAUAACGCAGCCUCCAUAGUGGCCCUGACUUAUUGCUUUCGCUAUCCGCUGGACAGCGCGGUUGUGACGCGCAAUGUAGGCUGCUUUCAUGCGUGGGUGGGUGCAGCCGCCCAGGGUGUGCGUGCCACCGUCGUCGCCGCGGCACAGGGGGCAUUCGCCGCCUGCGCAGCCGGGCAUGGGGUGUUUUACUCUUGCGGCCCGCUUGGCAUUCCAGGAGAGGCCCCAGCGGUAUUUGAACGCGCAGCGGGCCUCUUCAAAUGAGAACUUGUCGAACAGGUUUAGGCCGUAGCGUUCGUCGAUGUGCUUCCUCGCUGCCUCCCAUAGUUCCGCGUACAGUCCUGAUUUGGUAUAACCGGUCGCGGUGGAUUUACGGGCCAUUUUCUUCAGGUCGCGAUUGAGGUCGUUGGCGUAGCGCAACCGUUCUUCCAAAUUGCCAUUGUGCUCCACAAUUUCCUUCUGGGCAAUCCAUCCCUCUAAGGGUUCAUAUGGGUGCGAGUAUAGAGUUUCUGUCGCAUCCGGCUGCACUGUUCUGGUGGCCACAGCCUGUGCCGCUUCAUCCGCUUUCUGAUUUCCUACGCAUGUGUCUGUCUGGUGCGAACGUACGUGAUAAAAUGAUGUCUUGUGUCCAGCUAGGGCACGUUCCGCAAGUUGGUCGACUAUGGUCCCAAACAUCUCGCGGUGCUUGCUUACGUGGAGUGACUCGGGCUCCAUAAUGGCGCGACGGAGGAUGAACAGACUGACAAGACUGUCGGUGUAGACCCGUAGGUGAGGUGUGUCGCGAUGGAGGCGGAGCGCCGUGCGUAUGGCGGAUGAUUCACACCGAAGGAUGGUGCUCAGGGGUGUGUUGAAGGCGAUGUCUUCAUCAAUGUGCGUGGCGCGGUUGUCGCUGGCGUCCCAGACCGCCGCUCCCAGGCCCGUGUACUCUCGUGUGUGUGGUACUUUGCUCCCGUCGGUAAAGACCGCGGAGCCUCGUGUGUGUGCGAGCGGGACAUAAGCGCGGUAGAGGGUUGCAAGCUCCGUAGGGGAUGGUAGGGUGGGGGCAUCGCGAGGGGGCUGGGGCUGGGGCGUCUGGCUGCUCUGGGCGAGGAUGCGCCGUUUUAACUUCCGGGGGGUUGGGGGCCACGGGUUGGGUGUGUCUGGGUCCGUGGGGGGUUUACGGGUAGCUAGGUGCGGUGUGUGCCCGAGCGCGUCCGCUAGGGCGAGUGCAAGCCCACUCUCCAG